AUGAGGCCGGAGGCGAGGCUCGAUUCGGCGGCCUUCCAGCUCACCCCCACCCGCACCAGGUGUGAUUUGGUUGUGGUGGUGAAUGGGAGGAAGGAGAAGAUCGCCUCCGGCCUGCUCAACCCCUUCGUCGCCCACCUCAAGGCCGCCCAGGACCAGAUCGCCAAGGGAGGCUACACCAUCCUGCUCCAGCCGGAUCCGGGGGCCGACGCCCCCUGGUUCACCAGAGGCACCAUCCAGAGGUUCGUCCGGUUCGUGAGCACGCCGGAGGUCCUGGAGCGGGUCACCACCAUCGAGUCCGAGAUACUGCAGCUCCAGGAUGCCAUCGCUGUCCAGAACAAUGCAAAUAUUGGACUCAAAUCUGCAGAAGGCCAUAAUGUGGACUCCUCCAUGGAAGGCAGCAAGACAAGUUAUGAUCCAGAUGGUGAUAAGGCACUCGUCCUGUACAAGCAUCCAGCAUCUCCACUGCAGAAUGACACUGGAGUACACGAGGAGCAUUCAAAAGUUCAGCUUCUCAGAGUGCUGGAGACUCGCAAGACUGUCUUACGUAAAGAGCAGGCUAUGGCCUUUGCACGUGCUGUAGCUGCUGGGUUUGAUAUUGACAACCUGAUAUAUUUGAUCUCAUUUGCAGAGCGUUUUGGUGCUUCACGCUUGAUGAAGGCGUGCACACAGUUCAUUGAUUUGUGGAGGCAAAAACAUGAAACUGGACAGUGGAUUGAUGUUGAACCUGAAGCUAUGUCUGCACGUUCUGAAUUUCCUCCCUUCAAUGCUGCUGGCAUUAUGUUAAUGGGAGAUAAGGAAACAAUGUCUGUCUCUAAUGGAGAUACAAAUGGCGAAGAUGCUGCUAAAGCUGAUCACAGGACACCUCAGCACCCAGGAGCUCCCCAUCAUGGUCCAUAUCAAUCAGGAUAUCCACCAUGGGCAAUGCAUCCUCCUUAUCCCAUGCAAGGCAUGCCACCAUACUACCCUGGGGCGAACCCAUAUUACCCUCCUCCCUACCCCCCAACGGAUGAUCCCAGGUACAACCGUUCAGAAAGGAGACUAUCAAGGAGGCACUCAGCAGAUAGCAAGGACUUUGACAACUCCGAUGAUGAAAGUGAUGACCAAAGUGGUUCAGAGAGGGAGAGUUCUCAUGGCCGCAAGUCGAGUAAAAAGGGCAAUCGCUCGGGCAAGAAGAAAUCUAAUGUAAUUGUCAUACGCAAUGUAAAUGUAACAUCAAGGAAGAAGCAUGGGUCAUCAGAGAGUGAGUCGCAAUCAGGCUCUGAUGUGGCAUCAGAAGAUAGUGACGAUUCACACAGAAAAUCCAGCAAGAGGAAUCAUCAUAAGCGCUCAAGCUCGAAGAAAAAAGGGGAUAAGAAAACCACUGUUGAGUCUGAAGAUGAGUACACCAAGGAUGGAAUGUCUAAUGGGCAGCAAGAUGGAGAUCAAGGAAACUGGAAUGCGUUCCAGAAUUUCUUGCUCAGAGAUGAAGAGAAGACAAGAGAUCAUAAUGACGCGGACAUGUUCGCCAGUGAAAGAGAGGCACCACAACCACCUAGGAGGAAAGAGACCACAAGAAGUAUUGAUGAUCCUAUUCUUUUAUCAGAGCGAGGUUCUGCCGAUGUCAAUGAGCGGCAUGCGAUGUCUUUCAGUUCAGCCAACGGGAGAAUUAGGGCCAGGCAGAUGAUGUCUGGUGAUGAACUUAUGAUGUCUGCGGAAGGUCGGAGCUUUGUGGAUGGUGGCAUGAAGGAGAUAGAAGCUGGAGGUGGAGGAUACAGAAGAGGGGCAAAUGAUGACUUCAUGGUUUAUGGACAGGACAACUCAAUGGACAGGAGGAGCUCCUUGGACCCCCUUGCCGAGGCGCAUUACAAGAGACCCACUCCUCUAGAGGAAAAGAAGAAUGUGCACAGUAUGGGCGAUGAGUCCUUCAUGAUACCUGUUACCUCCAACUCACAGGAUAAUCUUGGAGCAGCCGGCCGUACUGCCAUUGACAUAGAUGCCGAGCUUGGCUCAAGUGUUCAGAAAACAUCAGAUGCUAAGGCUGGAGCUGAACUUUUCUAUGAGCCAGAUGAGUUGAUUCCAGAGCGUGGAUUUGAAGAUGUUUCAUUUGGAUAUGACCCAUCAAUGGACUAUGACAGCCACAUGCAGAUUCAGCAUGACGUCAGCGUUGAAGAUGCAAAUGCAGAGGAUUUAUCCGUUUGUGUUGAGGGUGAAGAAAAGAUGCCGGGGAAAGAUAAGAAGCUUAGAGGUUCACAGGAGGGCGUGGAUAAAAGAAGGAAGGAUGCCUCAGCAAGGAGAUUGUCAGCGCCCAAAGGACCACUAACUGAUGCACAGAAACGUGCGCAAAACCUACGGGCGUACAAAGCGAGCCUUCAAAAGGAAAAGAAGGAGCUGGAAGCGGAGCAGAUGAAACGGCUGGAAAGGCUUAAGCAAGAGAGGGAAAAGAGGAUUGCUGCAAGAAGCGGCGCAUCGAAUCCCCAGAAAACCACAGCUAAAGCAAGCGCAGUGAGCAAGUCAACCUCAUCCUUGGCUGAGAUGAAAAAGGAGAAAAGUGGCGGCACAACCGAAUCCUUGAUUGAGCGAUUGAAAAAGCUUGCUCAACCUAAAACCAAUGCUUCAACUUUGAACCCCAAGUCAGCGACCGCGGACCACCCACGGAGAAGAAGCUUGCCGCAAUAA